AUGCUUAUGAAUUCAUUUGGUUCUUCUCGAAAACGACCAAUUGGUUGUUCAGAUAAGGAAAAUAUAUGGUCAUCAAUGUUAGGAAUUGAAAUCGAUUCUGGUGUUGCAACAAAACAACCACGUCUUGCUCUUGGUUCAGCUAUGAUUGAUAAUAAUAUAUUUAAUUCAAUUCCAUAUUCACCACCAGAUAAUUUUUUAAUCAAAUCAAUAGAUUUAUGGUCACCAUUGAAAUCAGAUCCAGUUCAAUUAAUUUCAGUACCAUCUGAUCAACGAAUACUUAAUCGUACAGAAACUCGUUAUAAAAAUGGUUCAUUUCGUCAUGUAUUAAAAUCUAUACGUUCAUUAGGUGAAUAUGGUGAUGGUAAUAAUGCAUUUCGUGAACCAAAUAGUGUUGCAUGGCUUGAAUGUGGAAAAUUAGCUGUUGUUGAUACAAAUGCACAUUGUAUUAAAAUAUUUAAUAAUGAAUAUGGACAAUAUGAAUAUUCAUUUGGUCGUGGACGAACAUUAGGUUGUCAAAAUUUACUUUAUCCAUAUCGUAUAGCUGUUGUACCUGGUGGUAAUGAUGAAUUAGUUGUUAUACAACGUCAUCCUCGACCACAAAUUCAUAUAUUUACAUGUAAAGGUGAUUUUAUACGUAGAUUUGGACAAUAUUUAGAAAAACCUCGUGCAUUAACUGUUGAUAAAUUACAUCGUAUUAUUGUUAUUGAAUCUCAAAUACAAAAAUUACAUAUAUUUUCAUUUGAUGGAAAAAUUCUUAAUUUAUUUAAUUUAAAUCAACAAUUAAAAUUUCCAACAUCAAUUUGUUCAAAUAAUAAAGAAAUAUUUAUAUCAGAUAAUCAUUUACAUUCAAUUAAAAUAUUUUCAUAUUAUGGUGAAUAUUUACGUGAAAUAAAAGAUAAUAAUUAUAUUUUAUUUCCAACAAAUAUUAAAUUAAAUAUUAAAGGACAAUUAAUUAUUAUUGAUAAUCAUCAAGGUUUAAAUAUAACAAUAUAUGAUGAAUAUGAACAAAAAAAACGUUUAGGUGCAUAUACAGCACGAAUAUGUCAUUCACAAAUACUUGAUGUUGCUAUUGAAACAAAUGAUAAAAAUAUUCUUCAUUUAACAUCAAAAGAUUAUCGAGUUUAUACAUAUCAAAUUCCAUUGUAA